AAGGUGAACUCGCUUGUUUAUCGGAGAGAGAAAAAAAGAUGGAGGCGUGAAGUUCGUGAACAAGAGAACGAAAUGUGUAGUCAGUGAAGAGAGAGAAUGACGCAUGGUGGUGCGAGAGCGAGAAGGAAGAAAAGUCUGUUGCGCGCGAGUGCAAGGGAACGAAUGGAAGAGAGUGACAGAGAAAGAGAGAGAGAGAAAUAGAGACGAAGGAUGAAGUGCGUGCGCGUGUCGUAUUCGAGAGAGACACGGUAGCUUCUCAUAGAGAAGAGACAGUUGCUGGUUUGCCGCAAGGCUGUUUGCAUCGAAGAGGCGAAAGUUACACCAAACGGGGUCCACACCCCAUUUUUCGUCCUUCAUCGUGUUUCGUUUCAUUUUUUUUUCUUUUGGUUUUAUUAUUAUACGAUGUUUCGUUCCACGCCAUUUAGCUCGACGUGAUCGACUUAUCGAGACGACGGAUGUCGAUUGAUUGUCGCGCGAUUUCGCGUCGAAACGUGCUAUCGAUUACGCGGAACGUCUUACGAAGGCUCGAUAAACAGUGGUGUGAUGUGUUGUGAUGAUUAUUUGCGUUGAUUGUGAUCGUCCAAGAAAGGAAAUGCAGAAGAAUCGAAAUGGUCGAUGAUUACACCGACGAAAUCGUGGACGUUCAAUCUUUGGAGGAAAACUUGGUUAAAAUUUUCGAGCGUAUGCUCAGUGUCCGUGUGUUUCCAACGGCGAUAUCGAUUCGAAAGUGGCGAUAUAGCGAAUGCACCGGAAAAGGAAGAAACAUCGAACAACGAAGUAAUUGAAUGGAAAUCAGCCUCGUGUGUCCAACGCGCGUUUUAAACCGUAUAUGUGACCGUUCUUCCUCCAGAAAUUUGUGCUUAACUUUUUUUUUGUUGCCUGCUUUUUUUUGGUGCGAUAAAAUCGAUCAAAGUGCAAACAAGCAACAGUGAAAGAAGAAAUUUACGUUCUAGAAAAAAAAAGUUUCACCUGAUUGUGCGCCGAUGAAAACAGUGACUAGUGGUGGGUGAUGAUCAGUGGGCCCACCGUUUCGAAUGAAGUGGUUUUAGGAUGAUGGUGGAGCGUGUCGAGGACCAUCUCUUCAUGUAUCGACGUCCCGUUUACCGGGUCUUCCAGUACCUCGAAACCACCGACCAUGAGGGGAUGAGCACUGGCGUAGGAGAUGGAGCUGGUGGAGGCGGUGGCGGUGGGGGCGGAGGCGGCGGCGGCGUGCAGGGAAGUGGAGGCGGAAGAAAUACACCACCCCAUGGAUCACCCACCCCCAUGGAUAAGGCGACUUUGAAGGUCCAUCUGCCUAACGGUGGUUUCAACGUUGUUAAAUUCGGUGAUGCGAUCGAUGUGAAAGGUAUCAUCACUUUGGUGACUAGUCGGCUAGCGGUUGGAACCAGACACUAUCAUAACCUUUACGCCAUGAGACUGCAUCAUCCUGGAUCGGGAGAGAGUUACUGGUUGCAUCAGGACACGACCAUGUAUCAGGUUCAAGAAAAGUACGAAAAGAAACAUCCUCAUUGCGAGUGGAGGUAUGAGCUGAGAGUACGAUACUUGCCACAGAAUCUCAACGAUCUGUACGAGAAGGACAAAGUGACCUUCUAUUAUUAUUACGAUCAGGUUCGAAACGAUUAUCUGUGCGCGAAUCACGCGGCUCUCGAUCAGGACGUGGCGGUGCAAUUGUGUUGUCUAGAAAUUCGCUACUUUUUCAAAGAUAUGCAACAGAUCGCUCUCGACAAGAAGAGCAAUCUCGAGUACCUGGAACGAGAGGUCGGCCUGCACAAAUUUUUACCACGAUCCGUGUUGAAUGGAAUGAAACCAAAGGCGUUGCGCAAGCUAAUACAACAACACUUUAAAAAGGUUGCGGUAUUGUCGGAGCUAGAAUGCAUGUUCAAAUUCUUCGAUCUUCUGCGUGCUCAUUAUAGAUUCGAUCAGGAGAGGUUUAUAUGCGCUUUGGGGUCGAGCUGGUCUAUACCCGUAGAACUAGUCAUUGGACCAGAUUUAGGCAUAUCUUAUAUGGCUCAUAGAGGUGGGACGGUGCCAACGAGAAUCGCGGAAUUCUCUCAGAUACAAUCUAUCCAAACGCUGGUAUCCGAUUGCAAGGAACACGCAAAAGCCUGUAUUAAAUUAAGAAUAGCCGGAGCUGCUGAAACGCUUAGUAUCACGUGCUCGAGUUUAGACCAAGCGGAAAGUCUCGCGGAUUUGAUCGACGGUUAUUGCAGACUUGUCACUGGAACCAAUACCUCGUUGUGGAACAGAAAAGAUGCUCAUCCCCCAAAAUACAGACAAGACGGUUCCAAUAGUCCGGAGAAAAACGUAAGCAAAACGGGGACUAUUUUGUCGGAGGACUACGCGGAAAUUGUGGACGAAGAAGGAGAUUAUUCGACUCCAGCUACCAGAGAUUACGAGAUAGUUAGGAAUCAAGUGGAAUUAGGUGAAAUUAUUGGAGAAGGUCAAUUUGGCAAUGUACAUAAAGGUUCAUACAAAGGGCGGGACAAUCAAGUUAUACCAGUGGCGGUGAAAACCUGUAAAGUCGAUGCAGAUCUCGCGACGUCGGAGAAAUUUCUCGAGGAAGCCUAUAUAAUGCAACAAUUCGAGCAUCCUCAUAUUAUAAGACUUAUCGGUGUAUGCUCGGAACCACCCAUUUGGUUAGUAAUGGAAUUAGCCAAGUUGGGAGAGAUGCGAGCUUAUCUGCAAUCGAACAAACAUCGUCUAGAUCUCGCCACUCUUCUACUUUACACAUUUCAAUUGAGCACUGCCUUAUCGUAUCUCGAAAGCAAGAAAUUUGUCCAUAGGGACAUUGCUGCGAGAAACGUGCUAGUUUCUGCGCACAAUUCCGUAAAAUUAGCGGAUUUUGGUCUUAGUAGGUGGGUGGAGGAUCAAAGUUAUUAUACAGCAAGUAGGUGUAAGUUGCCCAUUAAAUGGAUGGCACCGGAGAGUAUUAAUUUUCGAAGAUUUACUACAUCUUCUGACGUUUGGAUGUUUGGUGUAUGCAUGUGGGAAAUUUUAAUGUUAGGCGUAAAACCAUUUCAAGGUGUAAAAAAUAACGAAGUGAUCCGUAAAUUGGAAAACGGAGAAAGACUUGCAUUACCGAAUCAUUGCCCUCCACGAUUAUAUUCUUUGAUGUCUCAGUGUUGGAGUUACGAACCGAGUAAACGACCAACGUUCAAAGAGAUCAGGGAAACUUUACAUGAAAUUUUAUUGGAAGAGAAACAUCAGCAACAAGAAACGAUGAGACGGGAGAACAGAAGAGUACAAGCCAUGUCUUGGGGGGCAGACGAUGUACCGCCACCGAAACCUUCGAGGCAACCGCAAAACACGACGGAUCAAUCUCAGUUAACCGCCGCAGCGCCGGUCUCGACAUAUAUUGUUGCGCAAAAUCCCGAGGUUCUUGCGCAACUUCUCAAGGAUAAUCAAACUAGGGGGGUAUGUCCCUCCGUCUACACAACCCCUGCCUCGCCUUUCAAUACCUUAGCCGUACAAUUUCAAGACGAAGAUCAAGUCUUAACCACUGCUUUAGUUUCAGAUCUACCCUUUUUCGAUCCAACCACUUCAGAACCUUCCGCCUCUCAUGACACUCAUUCGGGAGAUUCCACUUUGUCCGACACUAAUUUGGAUUCCCUCGAUUCCUCGGACACUCCUCUCAUGUCUAGUCUUAACAUUUCAGACGCGACACAAGCUCAAUCCCCCGCUGCUAACAGAAAGCAGCAGAAGGUUAAAGAGAUGCAAAAUUUGUACGCGGUUAGUUCAAAAGUUGUUGGUAGCAUUGCAGGAGAUUUGUAUUCUCCCGUGCAAAAAUUCACAACGUCCGGUGCUAUUCCAAUAACAACUAGCGUAGCUACUUGCGGCGAAAUAUACGGGCCUGUCGCUAAUUUCACCCAAAGUUCCGCCAUCGUUGGUAAUCUUAGUCAAAGCCCCAGUGUAGGUGGUAAUUUUGGUGAAAAUCCUGGAAAUUUUGGGCCCAGCAGCUUGAAUAGUAUCAUAGGAUUGAAUAAUCAAAAUCAAUUGUCAAAUUUCGGCCAAUUCUCUAAUAACACGAACCAAGCUUUUAACAUUGCUCAACCGGUCAGCCAAAAUUCUAAUUGCAUACAAAAUCCUACAACCGCUGUCGUGUAUCCCCGUAUACCGGUUGUUACUUCGAGUAACGCUGCUAUUUCUGCAUCCAAUACGGAAUGUUUGUACGGACCUGUGUUAAAAUUCCGAGCGCAAAACAUCCAAAACCAAAAUGUAACUGAUUUGAAAUCCGUAAACGUGUCUGUUGGAACUACCAUGGCGAAUGUUAGAGGCAAUUUAGCGCAUACUUCUACUCCAGGACCAAACCUGCAAACACGACCUGCACACGCUCAGAAUUAUCAACAUCAACAAAUUUAUUCGAAUAUAAGUACAGCGACACCACAACCGAUGUAUAUGCCGCAGUCGCAGAAUGCGCAAAACAAUCAAAAACAAAAUCCAAUUCAUCAAUCUGUUUCUUACAUCCCGUCGCAACAUACGAAUCAACAAAAUCAAGCAAUCAGCGCUAAUCCAAUUUACACGGCGCAAGCGACUUCUGUUACGGUCGUGCAAGCUCAGAAGGUUCAAGGUCCUGUAUAUGUGCAACAAAUUCAAGCUGGAAUUACGAGCCAUGUGCCGAGUUCCCAAGCGAUGAACGUGAAUCAGCAGCAAUUGUCUUUUGAAAUAGCACAAAGUCAUCCCAUUCAAGUGCAUUUCGCCACAUCGGGUGGUACGGUCCAAUCAACUAGCCAGCAACACCUUCAUCCGAGCACAUCUAACAUUGUAAUCGGUCAACAAUCAAGUUCCAUUACUGCCACGCAACAUAGUCAAGCACAAUGCAACGUAGCGAAUCUGCCAAUUACUGCUGCAACAAACGCAACGCAGUAUUUAGUACAGCCAAUAGUACAAUCAGGGAUGAUAAGAUCUACUCCCACACCUCAAAUAGCAACCGGUGUUGCAAAGAUCACUACAUUCGUAAAUCAAAAGCAAGAUGAACAACUAACAAGUUCGACAGAUGGCACACUCUCUGGAUCACUGAUAUCCUCUGCAGUCAGUGAUAGCACAAUGUCAUCGAGCAGCUCGAUGACAGAGGAGGCACAGCAAGAUCAGAGGAUCGUACAAUCACAGUUAUUCGAUAGCAUCACGGAAAAUUUCAGCAGUGGUAUUGACGAUGAACAAAAAUUAUUAGAACAACGACUUUUAGAACAGCAGCGUCAAUCGGAAGAAGAUAGUCGUUGGUUAGCAAGAGAAGAGAAACGUCUAUCCAUUGCGACGAGUGGAGAUGAAAGCGCGAGUCCUCCAGUUCCACGUUCGGUUACUCAAUCACCAAGUCAUGAACAGCAUGGCGCUAAUACUGGUUCUAUAGGAUCUGAUAAAAGUACCGAAAAAGUAAUCGUUGUAAAGAAAAUGGAACCUACACCAACUGCCGAUCUAGAUAGGACGAACGAUAAAGUAUAUGAUUGUACCACUAGCGUAGUUCGUGCAGUAAUGUCUUUAUCUCAAGGUGUUCAACAAAGCAAGGCUGAUCAAUAUUUAGAAUUAGUACGUAAAGUGGGUAUUGAAUUGAGAGCGUUACUUUCAUCUGUCGAUGCUUUGAUGGAUAUAUUACCUAUAUCUGCUCAUCGAGAAGUAGAAAUGGCGCAUAAAGUUCUUAGUAAAGAUAUGGCAGAACUUGUAACAGCUAUGAAACAAGCUCAAAAAUAUAGUGCUACUACAUUAGAUGCUGAAUAUCGAAAAGGGAUGCUCUCAGCGGCUCACAUUUUAGCAAUGGAUGCGAAAAAUCUUUUAGAUGUAAUCGAUUCGAUACGUAUUCGUUAUCCAUAUGUAGAUAAUCAGAUUUGCCAAAAUCAAAAUCAUAUUAAUACUUCACAAGAAUCGAUGUCAGAAAAUCGUAUUCGUUCCAGUCAAUCUGGAGAACAAUUUCUAAGGAGAAGUCAAUCGAGCGAACGUCAAGGUACUACGUUUAGACAGAGUCAAAGCGGUGAUCUUUUACAUAGAAUGGGUCAAUCCGUCGAUCGUUCAUUGCAGGGUAGUCAAACUGAUAUCAGCAGCGGCUCUAGUUUAGAAAGAAGGCAUCAUAUCGUUACUAAUAGUCUUGAACGCAAUUCAACAACAAGAAGACAAAUGACAACAAAUAGUUUAGAAAGAAAAAGACCAUCAUUGUCUUGUAAUAUCAGUCCCAUGAAUAAUUCGGUUAAUUUGCCACCAAUGGUACCAGUUACCUGCAAUUUAGUCCAAACAGUUGGACCUGUUAUUCAUCCAAGUCAAACAGUUACAACAGGUAUUAAUCAACAGUCAGUGUUUACAACUAAUAAUAAAACAAAUGAAAAUGCAACAACUGAUAGCUAACAACGAGGUGCCUUUGCAUUAAGGAAAACUUCGAAGUAAUAAUUAUAUGUAUAUAGUCUACAUCGUACAAGUUACCCAUUUACAUCUCAUACAUAACUCAGCAGCAAGAGAUUUAAUAUUUAUGCUUUAUAGCUCUUUUUAACAUUUAAUAAACUUUGUCUAAACGUACUUAUAGAUAAGGCAGUAUUCGUUAAAUAUAACAUAGAUUAGGAUUAUCACGAAAAAACAUAAGUCACAGCUGAAAAGAAAUCACUCCAAAGUUUUAGAAUUAUUAUUAAUUUGUUAUUAUAUAAUAAUCAUGUGUGAAUUGGGUGAUGCAAAAGAUAGCCUUGAGUCUAAAAAAUUAUAAACAUAAAUAAUUUUUAUUGAUAUCAAAUGUAACAUUUAUAUGAAAUAAAAUAUUUAAAUUUUAUUGCAUAUAUUAUAAUAUUAUUAAAAAUUAAUUAUAAAAAUAUUAUCAUUAUAAUAUAAUCUAUAAUCUAUCGCUUCAAAGAUUGUCUUAUUGUAUCACCCAGUAUGUAGUUGAAUAAUUCUAUAUAUAUACAUAAAUAUAGAUAUUUAUAAAUAUAUAUUUAAAUGAAUAGUUCAAAAUAUUUUAUGCAAAAAAUUUAAUUUCAUAUAGGAUACAAUUUUACAAAAUUAUUUUUACGAAUUUAUAAUUUAUAAUAGUCUAUUUCCUGCUAAAAGGAGUGAUUAUAAUUGUAAAAAAUGGGACUGAAUGUUAUUUCUAUUAGGUAAUUAUUUUGUAAUUCAUAUCGAUUUGUGAAAUUUAUAUAAAAUGUUUUAUAAAAAAAUGAAUCAUUCUUCAGCGGCAAGUCAGUUCCUAUAAAAUAUUUAUACAAAUUUCAUCAUUGCAUAAGAAUAGUAUUGAUAACUUGUCAACAUAAUGCGCUUAUAACGGCAGUGCAUUUACAAAUCUAUUAAAUAUUCCAUAAAUUAAAUAUUCCAUUUUUAUACAUUUAUUUUUUUACAUUCCUGGGAAGAAAUUUAGUUUCAUAUUGGAUUAAAAUUAUUGUCCAUAAUGUUUGACUGAUUUUUAUAUUGCUCAUUAUUUUACACAACUAUAGUUUUGAAUACUAUGUGCCAAGGCGUAUUUAUAUGUACAAUAUGAACAAAUUUUAUUAUUGACUAUACAUGUACAGUAAUAUUUUUAAUGUAACAUCCCAGGAAUUUGUAAUUUACGAUUAUAAUGUUCGACACUGCUAUUGCAUCGAAAAUAUAAAAGAUUUUUUUUAGAUUUACUUUAAUUGUAUAUAAAUAAAUAUUCAAAAUUUGUAUCAUUUAAUAAUAAUAUUAAUUAUUGAGUUACAAGUAUUAUUUCUAGUAAA